AUGAGCAGGAGCAGAAGAGCAGGAGCAGGAGUAGGAACAGAAGCAGGAGCAGCAGGAGAAGCAGAAGCAGCAGUAGGAGGAGGAGUAGCAGGAGCAGGAGCAGAAGCAAAAGCAGAAGAAGAAGCAGAAAGAGAAGGAGAAGGAAGAAGAGCAGAAGCAGGAGAAGGAGGAGGAGCAGUAGUAGGAGCAGGAGGAGCAGCAGCAGUAGAAGAAGCAGGAGCAGCAGAAGAAACAGAAGAAGAGCAGAAGAAGCAGAAGCAGAAAAAGAAGAAGAAUAAGAAAAAGAAGAACAAGACGAAGAAGCAGAAGGAGAAGCAGAAGCAGAAGCAAAAAGAGGAGGAGGAGGAGGAGAAGAAGAAGGAGAAAGAGGAGGAGGAGCAGCAGAAGCAGAAGUAG